AUGGCCCCGGCGGGGCGGCUGUGCGCCGCGCUGCUCUGCGGCGCCCUCAGCCUCUGCAGCCUGCGGGCCGCGCCGCGGCAGCCCGACACGCUCUACAUGUGGAUCGACGCCCAGCAAGCGCGGGUCCUCAUCGGCUUCGAGGAGGAUAUUCUGAUCGUGUCCGAGGGGAAGAUGGCCCCGUUCACCCACGACUUCAGGAAAGCCCAGCAGAGGAUGCCCGCCAUCCCCGUCGGCAUCCACGCCAUGAACUUCACCUGGCAGGCAACGGGACGGGCUGAGUACUUCUACGAGUUCCUGUCUUUGCGCUCUUUGGAUAAAGGCAUAAUGGCAGAUCCAACUAUAAAUAUCCCUCAGCUUGGAACAGUUCCUCAUAAAGCAUCAGUUGUUCAGGUUGGAUUUCCUUGCCUUGGAAAACAAGAUGGCGUUGCUGCAUUUGAAGUGAAUGUGAUCAUAAUGAAUUCAGAAGGCAAUAUUAUUCUCCAGACCCCUCAGAACGCCAUCUUCUUUAAAACCUGUCAGCAAGCGGAGUGUCCAGGAGGAUGCAGAAAUGGAGGGUUUUGCAAUGAAAGACACGUCUGUGAAUGUCCAGAUGGAUUUUAUGGGCCUCACUGUGAGAAAGCACUGUGUGCUCCUCGUUGCAUGAACGGGGGACUCUGCAUUACACCCGGCCUCUGCAUCUGCCCCCCAGGGUUCUAUGGCAUCAACUGCGACAAAGCAAACUGUACAACAACCUGUUUCAAUGGAGGAACGUGUUUCUAUCUGGGAAAAUGCAUUUGUCCUUCAGGCUAUGAAGGAGACCAAUGUGAAAUUAGUAAAUGCCAUCAGCCCUGUCGAAAUGGAGGCAAAUGUACUGGUAAGAAUAAAUGCAAGUGCUCCAAAGGCUACCAGGGAGACCUGUGUUCAAAGCCUGUGUGUGAACCCGGCUGUGGCCUGUACGGCACCUGUGCUGAGCCCAACAAAUGCCAGUGCAAAGAAGGCUGGCACGGAAGACACUGCAAUAAAAGGUACGGAGCCAGCAGUCUGGGCGCCCUGAGGCCAGCAGGCAGCAAGCACAGGCAGCACACGCCUUCACCGAAAAAGGCCGAGGAGAGGCAUGUUCCACCCGAAUCCAAUUAUAUCUGGUGA